CUUUACGGUGUUUGCACCUUGCAUCUUGCGAUUCUGCUCUAGGAUCCUCCAUAGAUUGUCUUGAAGACUGAUCCCCAGUAUGGUCGGCCUGCAAGACGACGACCACGAGAACGACCGCGGUCAGACCUACAACGAUAUCGAGGCAGGACCUUCUUCCUCGACCGAAAGAUCCAGCUCUCCUCGCGAUGAACACGAUUACACGGAGAAUGCUUCUGCGGCUGAUAUCGCUCAGGCGAUCGAGCAGCAGAGGAUGGAGGGAGAAGAAGUGAUCGGGCAGAAUAUGGAAGGUGGUGGGCCCGAUUCUGGCUCGGCUGCCAUCUGGUCCGGCGAGGCAGGGUUCUCGGUUCCCUCAUCGAUCACCUCGAUGCACUUUAUGAACCAAGCCCGUCGACCCAGUAUGGCUAGUCUCCGUCGGUCUUCCUCACAGGUCCGUACGAGCUACAACGAGAGACGGUACAGCCGUGACGUCUCCCGUUCGAGGCGUAAUUCUGGCAACUAUUCGGAGUACGGAGAUCAUGGUCAGGGAUACGACGACUAUAACGGCAGGCCGAGAAUCUUUAGGGACGAUAGUCGGCGAAGUAGACGUUCGAACGCCCUGAGCGACGGGGAUGGGGAUUGGGAGGAAGGCCCAUUGGACGCGGACGAGAUCGCACCGCCCAGUCCUGGGUUGUUGCCCCGGAUCGCUUCCGCCUUGGGAUUCCACCAGAACAGGGAUGACGAUGCCGAUGAAGAAGCAGGUGGAGCGAAGAGGAGGAGAUCUUCGCGUGGCAGUCAAUAUGCUCGGUCGAGGAGGACAUCUGGGUCGUCUUACCGAAGAUCGAUCUCGUCAGCCAGAUCCCGCACUUCGAUCGAGUCUGAGGAAAACUGGGGAUAUUCUUCCAACGAGAGGGAUACUUACUCGGAAAUUUCUGAACGGGACAGGGACGACGACGAUCAGUCUUUCAGGUCUUCUCUGGCCGACGACACUUCGUUGCCUCCUCAAUCCCGACCUUCUUCUCCGAUCCCGUUGUUGCCCUCAGACGGCAUAUUUGGGGAUCCAUCAGCACCGAACGAUACAUCCUCCAUCCAGCUGUUCACCGACGUGUCUUCCGCGUCCAAGCAGACCAUCUCGCUGCCAGACGAAGACCUCUCAAUCCGCUUCACCGGGUACGUGACGGCCAAGCUGAAAAGCGUCGUCUGGGUCGCAGGCUGCGUGGUCACCCUAGGCGGGCUAGGACUGGUCGGUCGUUGGGUCCCAGCGAUCUGGGUCAAAUGGUGUGGGAGAGAGACCGACUUUGAGACUUCGGGCAAGGAUGGCUGGUUGGUCGUCGAGACGCCUUAUGGGGACUUGCAUAUCAUCCAGCAGGAUGUCGUGCCUUAUCCCUACCCCCUGUCGACCGUCUUUCCUCAAGCCUUGACGGGCGGCAAGACGGGGAACAACGCUCAUAGCAGAGCGCCUACUGUGGCUUCGACGAAUGGGUCGAGGGCGCCUUCGAUCAUGGCUGCGGCCGUGGCGAGGUCACACGUACCCACGACCGUGAUGGGGGACGAUUCUAACGGCAACAACUCCGCCUCGAAUUCGAUCUUGACCGGAGCGGGGGGUGCCAAAGACCUGAUGACGGUCGACCUCGAACAAGGCCAAACCUCGUUCGAAGAGACCAUGGGAUACCUCAAGACGGCCGAAUACAGGUACACCAAGUUCGCCCUACAGCCUGGGACAGGGAAAUGGUGUUUGAUCAGAGACUGGCGGGACCCUAAGUGGACCAGCGUCAAGGCGGUCGCUAGCGGUUUGGGCAAGGAUGUCAGGGAGCAGAGGAGGAUCUUGUUCGGAGACAAUGUCAUCGAUAUCGAAGGCAAGGGGGUCGUCGGGCUGCUCCUGGACGAGGUCCUCCAUCCAUUCUACGUCUUCCAGAUCGCUUCCAUCGCUCUGUGGUCGAUUGACGAUUACUACUACUACGCGUUCGCGAUCGCUUUGAUCAGCGUGAGCAGUAUCCUGUCGACCUUGAUCGAGACCAAAAGGACGAUCGAGAGGAUGAGGGAGAUGUCAAGAUUCAGCUGUGAUGUGCGAGUGCUCGUUGAUGGCGAAUGGACCACCAUGGACUCUGCUUCUCUCGUUCCCGGAGACGUCUUUGAAGCUUCGGACCCUAGCUUAACCGUGUUCCCCUGUGACGCCUUGUUACUCUCCGGAGACGCCAUCGUCAACGAGUCCAUGUUGACCGGGGAGUCUGUACCCGUUAGCAAAGUCCCGGUCAAGGACGAUGUCAUUCGAUCCCUUGCCCGGGAGGAGAAGAAAGGCAGUACCGAGGUUGAUGCCGAGAUCGCCAAGCAUUACCUGUUCAGUGGCACCAAGAUCAUACGAGUUCGACCCGGUGGUUCGAUCAUGGGACUUAGUGGGAAGAGUGACGCGCAGCGUGCUUUGGCCAUGGUCACGAGAACUGGUUUCAACACGACCAAGGGCGCCCUUGUCCGAUCGAUGCUGUUCCCCAAACCUAUGGGAUUCAAGUUCUACCGCGACUCUAUGCGUUUCAUUGGUGUCCUUGCCAUGAUCGCUGGAUUUGGUUUCGCUAUCAGUGCGGUGCAGUUUGUCCGCAUGGGAAUCGCCUGGUAUACCAUCCUGAUCCGUGCACUCGACCUGAUCACCAUUGUUGUACCGCCCGCUCUGCCUGCCACACUCACGAUCGGAACGACCUUUGCUAUCGACCGACUUCGAAAACUGGGAGUAUUCUGUAUCUCACCGAAUCGAGUCAAUAUCGGUGGCAAGGUCAACGUCUUUGCUUUCGACAAGACCGGUACCUUGACGGAAGAUGGCUUGGACGUCCUCGGAGUGCGUACGGUUGACAAGUACAGCGAGCGUUUCAGCGAGCUCCAUGGAGAAGUCGACGAGGUUCCCGACCGCGGUGGUCUCACUGGAAAAACGCCCUUGCUCUAUGCUUUGGCCACCUGUCAUUCCUUGAAGUUGAUUGACGGCGAGAUACUGGGUGACCCUCUAGACAUCAAGAUGUUCGAAUGGACAGGUUGGACUUUGGAUGAGGGCAGGAGCAAACCUGCCGCUGCCGCAAACGGCGAUGCUCUUUCGAAGGAGGCCCGCGUCGUUGACAGGCCUCAGACAUUGGUUCAAACUGUUGUCCGACCUCCUGGUGCCGAGAAAUGGAAGCUUGAAGACGCCUUGAAGUCCGGGGGCAAGCAUGCUCAUUUCUUGGAGCUUGGUGUCAUCCGGACUUUCGACUUCGUAUCAGCUUUGAGGCGAAUGAGCGUGAUCGUCAAGCGGUUGAAAGCCAACAGCAUGGAGAUCUACGUCAAAGGUGCUCCCGAGGUCAUGCCUGACAUCUGUGAUCCAGAGACCUUCCCUAGCGACUACGACGAUAUGCUUUCCUACUACACUCGAAACGGGUUCCGAGUCAUUGCCAUCGCUGGAAAGAGUGUUGAAGGUCUUACCUGGCUGAAGGCUCAACGUAUGAAGAGAGAGCAAGCCGAGAGUGGUCUGCACUUCCUCGGAUUUAUCGUAUUCGAGAACAAGCUCAAAGAGGCCACGACGCCGGCCAUUCACGCCUUGCGCUCGGCCCACAUCGCGUGUCGAAUGGUGACGGGAGACAACGUCCGUACUGCCAUCAGCGUUGCAAGAGAAUGUGGACUGGUGUCGCAUUCAGCAAGCGUCUAUAUCCCUACAUUUGCUAGCGGAGGUGGCCACAACCCCGAUUCCGAAAUCACGUGGACCAGUGUGGAUGAUGAAAAGCACAAACUCGACUCGUAUUCCUUGAAGCCCAUCGUACAGGAAUACGCUCUUGGCUUCGACCCUGGCGAGACGGAGCAACCAGACUAUCAACUUGCCCUUACUGGUGACGUCUUCCGGUGGAUGCUCGAAUUUGCACCGCUCGAGACCAUGCAAAGAAUGCUGGUCAAGGGUGUCAUCUUUGCGCGAAUGUCCCCGGAUGAGAAGGCGGAAUUGGUUGAACGUCUGCAAGCGCUAGGUUACACUGUCGGGUUCUGUGGAGACGGAGCCAAUGAUUGCGGGGCUCUCAAGACCGCAGAUAUCGGUAUCUCGCUCUCCGAGGCAGAGGCUUCCGUAGCUGCGCCGUUUACCAGUCAUAUCACGGACAUUUCGUGUGUUAUCGAGGUCAUCAAGGAGGGCCGAGCUGCACUCGUUACUAGCUUCAGCUGCUUCAAAUACAUGGCCUUGUAUUCCUUGAUCCAGUUUACUACUGUUACACUCCUGUACUCUUUCGCAUCCAGUUUGGGUGACUUCCAAUUCCUUUACAUCGACCUGUUCAUCAUCAUCCCCAUUGCGGUUGCUAUGGGACGCACUCUGCCAUACCCCAAGAUCCACCCCAAGCGACCUACUGCCAGUCUGGUCUCCAAGAAGGUCUUGACUAGCAUUAUCGGUCAGACAAUCAUCAACUUCGCGGUUCAAGUUUUCGUCUUCAUCUGGAUCCGCAGGCAACCCUGGUAUACUGAGCCUGACGUUGACGACGAAAAGCUUGAGACCUUCAACUACGAGAACACGGCAUUGUUCCUCGUGUCGUGCUUCCAGUACAUUCUGGUGGCAGUCGUGUUCAGCGUCGGUCCUCCUUACCGCAAGCCCAUUUAUUCGAAUCUGUCGCUUGUCGGGUGUUUCGUGAUCUUGACGGCUUUCAGCUCAUGGGUGUUGUUGGCUCCCAGCAAGAGCGUGGCCCUGAUUCUCGACAUUAUCGACCUGACAUACCGAUUCCGCUUCGAAUUACUGGCGAUCAUCAUCGUCAACAUCGUCUGUUGUUUCGCAUUCGAGCGUUAUGCCGAAAGACCGCUAGCGAGACUGGUCGGUACUCUUAGGAAAUGGGCACGCGGGAAGCGAGGCGGCAAACAUAAUCGAGGCCGAGUAGUCUCUGGCAAAGCUUAUAAAGCGGUGGAGAGCAACUUGUAAUAUCGUAGAUGGUCAAGCCUUGUGAGAGGUACACAAUCCAAACGACGAAGUCUGUCUGUCUGUGGCUGGAAACUCAAUAUCAGUUGACGCAGAACAAUUUCCUUGCAUUUUGAGAGGAAUAUAACGAUGCGCGCUAACGGAGGGAAGAAAAGGUAUACAAUCCGGCUGUUCAUCUUACAAUCCCAUCAAGAGCCCUCUACUAUCUCCCUCGACCCCACUCGGUCCCCAUCCCGCGUUCCCGAUCGUGAUACUUUUCCCAGCGUCUCCUCUCCUUGGCCCGUUCCUCCUCAAAGUCGUAAUCUUCGACUUUGCCGCGUUCUUCUCGACGGGUCGGUUUGCUACGAAGCGGUACGCGAGA